AUGCCACCCACCCCCACUGACCGUCUCCGCGACUGCAUGAUCCUCGCCAUACUGAACCUUUUCGGCAUCGUGUACUUUGGUUUAUUUGCGAUCCAGCUAUGCAUCUUCCAUUUCCCGUCUAGGCCAGAUGGCCUCCUGGACAUGGUUUCAUUGCUGACUUUCUGUGGCGGGGUGAUCUUCUGGUGUCUGACCAGUCUAACGUAUCGCAUCAUCAAAGCUUUCGACCAAACCGAAAGCCCGGACUGGCAGAAGCUUGAGUUCUGCGGUGCAAUGACUCUCAUUAAUGCCACGUCCAUUCCGUACGUGCUGGUUCAGUAUACGGCGUUCCCUUCCGCCCAGCUGAGCUCUGUGUGUGCCUUGUCGUUGGUUGCAGUGGCGUAUUUGGUGGACUUUCUCGGGGUUGACUCCGAUGCAUCCGUGGCUCGCGCAAGGUUUCCGUACCACUGCGUUUCGCUCGGGCUCCUGUCUUUGGCCCCAGCCAUCUAUGCUCUCGCCGAGCCAGGGUAUACGGAUUCGCCUUUGACGACUCAGUUCUUCCGGUCGGCCUUGUGGAUUGCAAUGAGCGCGCUCAACUACGCGGUCAGGCCUUUGGAGAGAUUGAACCUCAUCGUCGGAUGGCGGCCAAGCUUGUAUGCGAUGCACCUGGCGAUAUUAUAUAAUGCCCUGGUCUACUCACGGGUUAUGAUGCAGAACAGCCUUCUCAGAUCUGGCUGA